CGCUGCCUGAUGUGGGUUACUGCGCAAUCCGUUCAUACAGCUGCAGGGAAUAUAUGUCCAGCACUGGGCACUCCGCGCUCCCACCCGCACAGUCCACUAUGGAACGGAAAGGGGAUGACUGGCACAGGACCGAAGGAGAAAGAAGCCACCACAAGCCCGAGCAUGACGGAUGACAGGAGCGAGAUGCUGUAUAUUCUGGAGAAGCCCCAGAUGCGAGGCGAGGCGGAGCGGCUUCGAACUUUUGAAAACUGGCCGAGGGACGCACCAGUCACCACGGCCAACCUGGCCAGAGCGGGAUUCUGUUUUCUGGGGCCCGGGGAUAAGGUCCAGUGCUUCUGUUGUGGAGGGAUCCUGAGGAACUGGGUUCACGGGGACAGUCCGAUCGUCGAACACAAGAGGCAUUUCCCCACCUGUAGUUUCAUGCUGGGUAGAGCCGUUGGGAAUAUCCCGCUGUUUGUCAUCCCCGGGUCCCCUUCUGACUCCGUGGACGGCCAGCUGUUGAGCCAGCUCCAGAGGAUGACUGUGGACGACCAGUGGUCAGCCGGGCAGGCUGUCUACCCCGAGAUGGAGUUAGAGGAAUCCCGGCUAACCACCUUCCACAACUGGCCCACGGGUGCUUCGGUCCAGGCCGGUGUUCUGGUGAGGGCAGGAUUCUUCUACACAGGUACGCAAUAGUCUUUGUUGAUGGUGACAGUGUGUGUUGUGAAUGUAAACUUUUCUGAAUUCUGUUGGGUAAGUUUUAUAACUUGCUUCUUGCUUUUGGUUCCCUAUAAAGUCCCAUUAAUGUUUGUUGAAGCUUUUGGAUAAAGUUACGCACGCCUUGGCAAUUACGCACUAGCAAUUCGAUUUUCAGAAAUAGCAGGGUAGUGGAACAGUGGUCACUACGAGUUUCCAGUCUUUGUGUGUGAGUUCAUGGGACAAUAGUGACGCUGAGUCAUGUAUUUGUGGACAGAAAAAGCUGGACAGGACUCGGACUGCGUAAAGGAGAACAUGCCAUCACUGUAAUGCUUAGACUGAUGUGGUAUUUAAAGCUUAGACAUUAAAGCGACUAAGAGAGAGAAUUAGAGAAAAAACGUUUCCUUUGUUUGGAAUUCAGUUUUGGAAAUGCAAUAACACAAUCCACAUUCUCACAGCAGGAAUGUUGUGGGUGUCUGUGUGUAUCAUUGUGAACAUUUGUGUCAUUGUGUUUGUGUACCCAUGGACAGCAAACACAUGCUGUUUUGUGUACUGUAUGCAUACUGUCCGUGUGUACUGUAUGCAUAUGUUUGUGUGGGUGUGGGAGUAUAUUUGUAUGUAUAUGUCCAUUUGUGUGUGUGAGAGAGAGAGAGAGAGAGAGAGAGAGAGAGAGAGAGAGAGAGAGAGAGAGAGAGAGAGAGAGAGAGAGAGAGAGAGAGAGAGAGAGAGAAAGAAAUGUGGUCCUUUAGUGUGUGUCUAAUAUUCAUGUAAACUCUUUAUGUCAGUGAUAAUGAUACAUAAGUGCUGUGAUAAUACUUGGUCUGUGUCCCACACUCCUAGGCUACGGUGACAACGUGAAAUGCUUUUACUGUGACGGAGGGCUGAGGAACUGGGAACCUGGAGAUGACCCCUGGCAGGAGCACGCCAAGUGGUUCCCACGGUAACACACAACAGCACCAACACACACAACCUGUAAAAAGGCAUUCUGUAAUGCCUUUGACCCUGUGUCCAUGGUGCGGCUGGGUCAGUAGACUACUUCUUUAUUUCUUUCCUCAGAUGUGACUUCCUGAUCCAGAGGAGAGGGCGUGACUAUGUCAGCAAUAUCCAGGAUACCCACUUCCACAGAGAGACUGUGGUAAGUACCUUUAUCCCUCAGUGUUGUCCUUCACUCUCAUCCAUUGUCAGGGUCAUUUGCAUAUUCAUAAUGUGCCAUCAUAACCGUAGUGGUCGCUGUAGUGUGUUAGGGCACUUACAGAAUAGGUCCUGAGGGUGGAUUUGUUUUCCAGGGUGGAUCACAGACUCCGGUGUCCCGAGAAAUGACCUCAGAAAAUGGUGAGUCCCAGAAUACAAAUGAAAACAUUGAAACUUACAUUACAUCCACUUCAUUCUGUUAACCACCCCCAAAUGAAAUCACAGGGUAAUCCGCUCCAUGUGUUAACCUGUGCUGCACAAACACAAUAAAUAUCGAAUGCCUUGGAAACUAAUGUGCUGCUUCCCCCUGGCUGCAGUCUAAGAGGAUGUAGUAUUUCAUAAGUGGGCACUUAAUCACGUGAAUGUAGCUGGAUAAUCACAAAUACUGCUUGUUUCGGCUGUUUUAGAGAACAGGCAGAAAAAUAGUUGGAUCCCUCAGUGGUGCUUUUCUCUUUAGCUAUCAGAGCACAAUUGAAAACUGAAUUUCUUGCUGUGGUUUGUGUGUCAGAGAGGUGAUGUGGGUCCCUGGGUUGCCUACUCUCUCCAGUCAGACACCCUGGGGUACUGCUCUCUCUACUGGGCUGUUUAUCAAAUGAUAGAAUGCUCACACUUAUCAUCACAUACUGUUGCUGAAUCUGCACUGCUAUCCAUCUUUUUUUUACAGGAGUGGGAAAAGGUCAUUCCUUUUGCUUGAACACAUAUCUCUUUUGGUUUUCUCAUGGAGAGAGAGAUUGCCUCGGCUAGAUUGAAACAUUUUUCAGUGCUAUUAGUUUUCAGUGAAACUCUCCCUCUAUAUAUAACUCUAUCUCUUUCCCACCUUCCCACCUUCUUUUUUUCUCUCCCCCACCCUCCGUUCCUCUCUUCCCUCUUUCUUUCGCUCCCUCCCCUGGCAUCUCCUCCCCUCUGUCAGAUGUGGUGGGUGGUCUGGGCGCACCCUCAGCCAUGUUGUCUCCUGUGGUCCAGACCGUGCUCCAGAUGGGGUUUGAGGCUGGCCUGGUGGAGAGUCUGGUCCAGACCAAGUACCUGCUGACCGGCCAGCACUACACCUCCGUGUCUGACCUGGUCACUGACGUACUGGCUGCUGAGGAGGAGGACAGGACCAGGGGGCUGCAGAGCAGAGUCCAGGGUGAGUAUGAUGAUUAUAUUAAUGAUGAUGGAUUGGAUUUACAUAGAGCUUCCUGAUGCUCAAAGCACAUUGUAAGGCCCUUACAGAAAAACCACAUGAUUUCACAUAUGAAAUUUCACAUGUGAAAAUAUGUUUUUGGAAGACUUCACAUGUGAUCAUGUGUUCACAUGUGUAGUUUCAUGUUAUUACAUGUUGCUUUACAUGUUGUCACAUGUUAUCACAUCAACUUCACAUAAGAUCACCUGUGAUCACAUGAAAACGUGUUCUUGGAACACUUCACAUGUGAUCACAUGUGAAAUUCAUGUAUUUUUUCCGUAAGGGUGGCAAUGGGUUAUUUCAGAUAGGGUAAAUGUCUAGGGAUUGACCCCUACUGACCCCUGUGAGCUAUACCCAGGCAGGUGCUGCUACUAUAUACCCUGGUAGUGGAUGAAGUACUUGUCUUGAGGUAGGGACCAGCAGAUGGUUAUGGGCUGGGUAGAGUCCAGGGGCCCACAGAGCAGGGGUAAAGGCCAUAACUUUAAUAAACAGCCUACAUCUUUGUAAUUACACUUUGACCCUAGGGGGUGUCCUAAAAAUAGCCUGCUGGACCAUUGUCUGAUGUUGACCACAUUCACAUUUUUACACAACCCUUUGAUAUUCUUGUGCAUCUGAAUUGAUUGGAUUGGAUUGACAUUGGGAAACAACAAAUAUAGACUCUUGUUAACGAUGUAAAUAGAUCAGGUUACUGUGUGUAACCAUGUGUCUCAACCUUGUUUGUGUUUUCUGUCCCCAUCAGAGCUGAUGGAGAGACAGGGGCCCAGUGCAGGAGGGGUCAGGACACAAACACCCAUCAGAGAAAAAGGUCAGAGGUCAUAUUACACACACACACACACACACACACACACACACACACACACACACACACACACACACACACACACACACGCUUGUGCACACUCACAUUUGUAAAUUCAUGUUUGUAUUUCAGCAGUUGGAGACCCCACCCCUGAGGAGCUCCUGCGUCAGCUGCAGGAGGAGCGGACCUGUAAGGUGUGUAUGGACAAGCUGGUGUCCAUCGUCUUCAUCCCCUGUGGUCACCUGGUGGUGUGUAGUGACUGUGCUGCCAGCCUGCAUCACUGCCCCAUCUGCAGAGCCACCAUCAGAGGCAGCGUCCGAGCAUUCAUGUCCUGAGAGACACAUUCAAGUACAAGACCCUUGUGUGAGUCAGUGUGUGUAUGCGUGUAUAUUUGUAUGGCAAGAUUACCCUAAAGUAUACCUAAUACACCAAUACACAAAAUCCUUGUUUCCCUUUUAGGCUUUUGUUUGCCUUUGACAAAUGAAGAAAGAUUCUACAACCCCUCGGAGCGGCUCACAUCUUUCUAUAGGUGCUGUGAGAACGUUGUGAAAAUGUCCCCUGGAUGUUAGAUGCCUGACAGAUCUGAUCCACUCUCCUAACCUGAACACUGCUCUGCUGUUAAUUUGCCCUGCUCAAAAUACCCUCCAAAAUCAAAAUGGCCUCUUUUUGGCUGUAAUAGAAGUUGUUGAACAUAUUUAUUUUAAUACAAUAAACA